UAAAGCGGCCGCGCCGCGGGCGGGCCCCACCGCCGCCAUGUUGCUGCGGCCGCUCCGCGCGGUCGCCGCCGCUGUCGCGACAGAGCGCGGGCUCGCGACAGCGCCGCGGGGGGAGGCGGGGCGGCUGCUGCUGCUGCGCCAGCUCUUCGAGGCCUCCUCGUGCACCUACACCUACCUGCUGGCGGACGCCGACACCGGCGACGCCGUCAUCAUCGACCCCGUGCUGGAAACGGUGCCCCGGGACCUGCAGCUGCUGCGGGAGCUCGGCCUCACCCUGCGCUACGCCGCCAACACGCACUGCCACGCGGAUCACGUGACGGGCUCGGGGGCGCUGCGGCCCGCCCUCGGCUGCCAGAGCGCCAUCGGGAGGGAGAGCGGCGCCCGCGCCGACCGCCGGCUGGGGGAGGGGGACGAGCUGCGCUUCGGGGCCUUCGUGAGCGCUGCGCGUGGUGCCCACCCCCGGCACACCCCGGGCUGCGUCACCUUCGUGCUCGACGACGCCUCCAUGGCCUUCACCGGGGACGCGCUGCUGGUGCGGGGCUGCGGCCGCACCGACUUCCAGCAGGGCUGCGCGCGCACCCUGCACCGCUCCGUGCACGAGCGGCUCUUCACCCUGCCCGAGGAGUGCCGCGUGUACCCGGGACACGACUACCGGGGCCACACCAUGUCCACGGUGGGGGAGGAGCGGCGGCACAACCCCCGCCUGACGCUGAGCGCCGACGACUUCGUGGCGCUGAUGGCGAAGCUGGAGCUGCCCCGCCCCCGCCUCAUGGGUCAGGCCCCUCCCCCACCCCCCCCCCCGGGACCCCCCCCCCCCCAAAAACCCCGAGGGAAAAUUACCCAGAAUUCCCCCGGGGUUUGAUAA